AUCCUGUGGAGAGUCUCCUAAUGCCUUAGUCUCUUCGGCGUCUGGAACCUGAGAACAAUCUACCAGAGCAGAAGAGAGGACAAAGAAACGGAGGAGAUAGUUUUCUCUCGACAAUUUCUUCAAUCUCUGGAAGAAGGCGUUGGUUUGUGUCCUUGUCAACGUUGUUCCAUUGGGUAUGGCCACCGAAACUGUUUCAAACCCUGAGGUGGAGAACGGGUACGAAGAAGACGAUGAUGACAACAAGCCUAUAGUAUUCAAGAGGAGAAGUAGUGUUGCUUCUAAUUCGAAUCAAUCAAAAUCCACUCCUCAGAGAAGCAAUGCAGUUCCUUCCACCAAGGGAUCACCUUUGAGAUCCCCUGUGACAAGCCCCAAUGGAACCACUCCGUCGAAUAGAAGUCCUACAAUGAAAUCAUCAAUGCCAUCAUCUUCUUCUAAGGCUUCACCAGCAAAGUCACCAUUGCGGAACGAUACGCCCUCUGCUGUUAAGGAUAGGAGCCAGUCACAUAAAGAUCAGUCUGAGUGUAAAAGAGAGCGUGAGGAUUCUGAGGAUAAUACACCUUUAAGUUUCAUACUAUCUGGGAAUUCUAGUCGGCAAAAUAAAGGGUCAACCUCUUCGCGGCAGCCAGAAAAAAAGAAUAGUGGUGAUCGACCUCUUGAUGGAGAAAAUAGGGUCAUAAAAGAUGAGUCAGAUGAUGAAACUCCAAUCUCGUCAAUUAUGCAAAAGAAGGUUGGCAGUGGGAUGUCAGGUAGCAAACAGGUCUCCAACGAUGAAAAGAAACCUUUGGCUAAAAAGUUGCAUCAGAAUGGUUCCGUAGUUAAGAAUGAAGUGCCGAAUUGUAAGGUAUCAGGUAAGAGACCUCUGGAGAAGAAUAGCACAGCAGAUGAAGCUUCCUCGAAGAAGCUCAAGGUCUCAGCUUCAACUUCUUCAGUGAAAGUGAAACAAGAUUCUGUUAAAACAGAGAGUUCAGGUGAUAAGGGAAGGGUUUUGGUUUCACCUAAAUCAACGAAAGCUAAACAGUUAUCUACCAGAGAAGAUGGUACUGAUGAUGAUGAUGAUGAUGAUGAUGAUGAUGAUGUUCCAUUAUCCAAGAGACGUAAAUCAGUGUCCUCCAACAGUAAAUUUUCAUCUGAAAAGCCUAAAGCAGUAAAAGUAAAUUCUACUUCAUCAGCUGCAAAGCCGAAAGUAAGAAAAGUAGUUUCUCCUCCGUCCAGGACAAUAAACAAAACUUCCAACAAAGCAAUGAAGGGUUCAAAAUACUCAACAUCUUCGAAAUCUUUACCUUCCUCUAGCGAUGGGCAAAAGAAAUGGACUACCUUGGUGCACAACGGUGUAAUCUUUCCACCUUCGUACAAGCCUCACGGCAUUAAGAUUUUGUACAAGGGGAAGCCAGUUGACCUAACAACUGAACAAGAAGAGGUUGCGACAAUGUUUGCAGUGAUGAAAGAGACAGACUACUAUAAUAAACCUCAAUUUCGGGAGAAUUUUUGGAAUGAUUGGCGAGCACUGCUUGGGAAGAAACAUGUGAUACAGAAGUUGGAUGAUUGUGACUUUUCUCCCAUAUACGAGUGGCACUUGCAAGAGAAAGAGAAGAAGAAACAAAUGAGCUCAGAGGAGAAAAAAGCUUUGAAAGAGGAGAAACUGAAGCUAGAGGAGAAAUAUAUGUGGGCUGUUGUUGACGGUGUCAAAGAGAGGGUUGGGAAUUUCAGAGUUGAACCGCCUGGGCUUUUCAGAGGCCGUGGAGAACAUCCCAAGAUGGGAAAAUUAAAGAAGCGUAUCCGUCCAUGUGAGAUCACCAUAAAUAUCGGAAAAGAUGCUCCUAUUCCAGAAUGUCCGAUCCCUGGUGAAAGAUGGAAAGAAGUAAAGCAUGAUAACACAGUCACCUGGCUAGCUUUCUGGACUGAUCCUAUUAACCAGCGAGAAUUCAAGUAUGUAUUUUUGGCAGCUAGCAGUGCUUUGAAAGGGCAGAGCGACAAGGAGAAGUAUGAGAAAGCCAGGAAUCUUACGAACCACAUUGAGAGUAUAAGAGCAACUUACACCAAGAAUUUUACGGCUAAGGAUGUUGCAAAGAGGCAAAUUGCCGUGGCUACCUAUCUCAUUGAUAAAUUGGCGCUUAGGGCUGGAAAUGAGAAGGAUGAUGAUGAGGCUGACACUGUUGGCUGCUGUACAUUAAAAGUUGGAAAUGUGGUGUGUAAGCCUCCAAAUAAAAUAGAGUUUGACUUUCUCGGUAAAGAUUCAAUCCGGUAUGUGAACACCGUCGAGGUUGAGCCUCCUGUUUACAAGGCUAUUGGACAGUUUCAGGCUGGAAAAUCCAAAGCGGAUGAUCUUUUUGAUGAGCUAGACACAAAUAAACUGAAUGCUCAUCUUAAGGAGCUUGUACCUGGUCUCACAGCUAAAGUAUUCCGUACGUAUAAUGCUUCCUUCACUUUAGAUAGCCAGUUGUGGAAAAAAACCAGAGAUGGCGAUGUUAAUCAGAAAGUACAAGUUUAUCAGCAAGCAAACAAGGAGGUUGCCAUAAUCUGUAAUCAUCAGCGUGCUGUUUCAAAGUCACACGAUGCACAAAUCGAGAAAUUGGAUGCGAAAGUAAAAGAACUCAGGACUGGCCUUAAAGAUCUCGAAACUAAUCUUGAGCGGGCUAAAAAGGGAAAACCACCAUUGGAAGGUUCCGAUGGAAAGAAGACUAGAAACUUAGAUUCAGCCGCGUGGGAGAAGAAGAUUGCUCAACAGAAGGUUAAGAUCGAGAGGAUGGAACGAGACAUGCAUACAAAAGAGGACUUGAAAACCGUGGCGCUGGGCACCUCUAAGAUCAAUUACCUGGAUCCUAGGAUCACCGUUGCAUGGUGCAAACGUCAUGAAGUACCAAUCGAAAAGAUUUUCACAAAGACUCUUUUGGCGAAAUUCGCGUGGGCAAUGGAUGCAGAACCUGACUUCAGAUUCUAGUGUAUCCCGGAUAGGUAUAGAGAACCUUUCUCAGAUUGAGCAAGUAUGGUGGUUCUGAAGCCAUUGGAAAGCAAAGGAGCUGAAUUAGAUAAGAGCAAAGAGAAAACCGGCCUUUCUAUUCAUCUCACUUCUUUGUUGUAGAAUUUUUACCUCAGUGGAAAAAAAAUUCAAACUGUUGUUUCUUUUAGUUAUGUAACUCUUUGGUAUUUUACCAUGGAUUUGAAUGUUAUUUUUACUCUUUACAUCAUUAAAGAAAUAGAAAAUCGGAAAAAAAAAUAU